GGACAGAAACCGUUUUGUUGUGAUCUUUGUGGACAAAGAUUUAGCCAAAAAGGAAGUUUAAACACACACAUGAGAAUCCACAGUGGACAGAAACCUUUCUGUUGUGAUCUAUGUGGACAAAGAUUUAGCCGAAAAGGACAUUUAAACACACACAUGAGCAUCCACACUGAACAGAAACCUUUCUGUUGUGAUCUAUGUGGACAAAGAUUUAGCCAUAAAUCAAGUUUAAACACACACAUGAGAAUCCACAGUGGACAGAAACCUUUCUGUUGUGAUCUAUGUGGACACAGAUUUAGCCAUAAAUCAAGUUUAAACACACACAUGAGCAUCCACAGUGGACAGAAACCUUUCUGUUGUGAUCUAUGUGGACAAAGAUUUAGCCGAAAAGGACAUUUAUACACACACAUGAGCAUCCACACUGGACAGAAACCUUUCUGUUGUGAUCUAUGUGGACACAGAUUUAGCCAUAAAUCAAGUUUAAACUCACACACGAGAAUCCACAGUGGACAGAAACCUUUCUGUUGUGAUCUAUGUGGACAAAUAUUUAGCCGAAAAGGACAUUUAAACACACACAUGAGAAUCCACACUGGUCAGAAACCUUUCUGUUGUGAUCUAUGUGGACAAAUAUUCUGA